GUCAGCCGGGUUGCAAUCAGAUGAGGGCCAAAGUUUGACAUCUGUCAAAGUUUUGCAGUAUAAAAAGUUUUGUUUUUGGUGCAUUUUGUUCGUCAUUUUCCAAGCAAAUUCUCUCGAGGAUGGACGGAAACGAGAGCAGGAACAGUGGUGACGAGAGAUACGUUCUGUUCAAGCAGGAUGAUCUCUUCUCGGAUAGUUUUCCGCUAAUGCGUGAAAUUCGCCGUCAAGGAAAACUCUGCGAUGUAACAUUGAAGGUGGACGAUCACUCCUUCUCGGCACACAGGAUCGUCCUGAGUGCUACAAUACCCUACUUUUAUGCCAUGUUCACCAAUAAUAUGGCAGAGAGUCGCAUCAAGGAGAUUACGAUGAAAGAAAUUGAGCCACAAGCUCUGGAAAGUCUGAUCAACUUCGCGUAUUCGGGCACUGUGAAGAUUGACAGCCAAAAUGUUCAGGGACUCAUGGUGGGUGCAUCAUUUCUGCAGCUGAACAAAGUCCGGGAUGCCUGUGCGGAUUUCCUCAUUUCCAAGUUCUCCGCACACAAUGUUCUGGGUAUCCGGUACUUUGCUGAUUCACUGAGUUGCACACACCUUGUUUCGGCGGCAGAUAAGUUCAUCAAUCAGUAUUUCUAUCUUGUGGCGGAAUCCGAUGAGUUCCUCGGGCUGUGCUUUGAGGAACUCAUUGAUCUCGUACGAAGGGAUGAGCUGAAUGUUCCGUCAGAGGAGAAGAUCUUCGAUGCGUGCAUGAAGUGGGUGAAGCACGAGAAUUCACGAACAACUCUUCUGCCGCGUGUUCUUGCCAAUGUACGGCUACCGCUGCUCUCGCCGCAAUUCCUGGCCGAUCAUGUUGCCACGGAAGAACUCAUCAAGACCUCCCAUCAGUGCCGGGAUCUCGUGGAUGAGGCCAAAGAUUGCCAUUUGAUGCCCGAAAGAAGGGCCCUCGUACAAAGCUACAGAACAAGGCAGCGGCAUUGCAAUGCAGUUGGGUACAUUUAUGCUGUCGGCGGACUCACCAAGUCCGGAGAUUCAGUGAGCACGUGUGAGAUUUACAAUCCCAUUAAGAUGGAAUGGACCAUGGGAGAGCCAAUGUCUACGCUACGCUCGAGAGUGGGUGUCGCCGUAACGGGAGGCAAAUUGUACGCCUUUGGUGGCUUCAAUGGCACCGAGAGGCUCUCCACGGUGGAAGUUUACGACCGGAAGAUGCGAAAGUGGACCCAAGGCCGCUCGAUGUUGUGCAAGCGCAGUGCCGUUGGUGUUGCGGCUCUCAAUGACUUGGUGUACGUGUGCGGCGGCUAUGACGGCGUUACAUCACUCAAUACAGUUGAGUGCUACAAUCCAAAGACAGAUACAUGGGCAACGGUAGCACCGAUGAUGAAGUAUCGUUCUGCUGGCGGAGUCGCCCCACUUGGGCAGCAUAUCUACGCUCUGGGUGGUCACGAUGGUCUCUCGAUAUUCGAUUCGGUGGAACGCUACGACCCAAUAACGAAUACGUGGACCAAAGUCAAGCCGAUGCUGAAUCGACGGUGUCGUCUUGGUGUCGCGACGCUCAACAACAAGCUGUACGCGUGUGGCGGCUACGACGGCAACACAUUUUUGAGUUCCGUUGAGAUGUACGACCCUGUCAAAGAUACGUGGAAGCCGGUGGCGUCGAUGAAUGUAAAACGCAGCCGGGUGGCUCUCUGUGCCAAUAUGGGGAAAUUGUGGGCAAUCGGGGGCUACAAUGGUGAGUCAAAUCUCAUGUCAAUGGAGAUCUACUGCCCGGAAACGGACACAUGGACCUUCGAUGCACCCAUGUGUGCCCAUGGAGGUGGAGUGGGAGUCGGUGUACUUCCCAUGCCCUGAGAUUAUGCGACUUCAACCAUUUAUUUUUCUUCUUCUUGCUCCAAAUGUGAUUUUGAUUUUUUUUACGACUGGAAUAAGUUAUAAAACUAAAAUUAUGAAGCAUCGGUAUCAUUACUCCUAUGCUAUAUGAAAGAAAGAAAAAGUACGAAUCUCACAAAGUGUUUUAUAUUUAUUUUUAUUACUACUCCUCCAACACUGAGACUUUUGUGUUCAUCCCCUUAGUGAAAUUUCAUUUAAUAAAACACCCCACUAUCAGUGUUCGAAGUGUAAAGAGAGAGGAGAUGUGAAAAGAGUCGCAAAACUAUUAUUUUAUGAUGUAUACACUGUGUUAGAAUUAAUUUAGCAAAAAAGGAGAAUAUAUUAACUUUAAAUUGUA